AGCGCCGACGUCCCCUCGGCUCGCGCGUGGCCCGCGCAGCGACCCCGGCCGGCCGCCGGCCCCGCCCCGCCCCGCGCCCAGGGGUCCCGGGGCGGGCUCCGGGCUUCGGGCGGACGAUGCGGCGGCGCGGCCGGAGCGGCGGCGGGAAGCGGAGGCGGAGGUGACGCGCUAGGGCCGGCGGGCCGGGCCAUGCAGCGCUCCCGGGCGGCCGCGGACGAGGCGGCCUUGCUCCUGGCCGGGCUGGCCCUGCGGGAGUCGGAGCCUGGCGGCGACUCUCCGGCCCGCGGGCGGCGGGGGCCGAGGCCGGGGCUGGGAGACGAGGCGGCGCCGGCGCUGGGCCGCAGAGGAAAGGGCGGCGGCGGCGGCGGCCCCGAGGCUGGCGCGGACAGGGGCCCGCCGCGCGCGGCCGUCCCGGAGCUCAGCGCGCAGCCGGCGAGCAGCCCGCGGGCCAGCCUGGCGGGCUCCGACGGCGGUGGCGGUGGCGGUGGCGGCGGCAGCAGCGCGCGCUCCAGCGGCAUCAGCCUGGGCUACGAUCAGCGCCACGGUAGCCCGCGCUCUGGUCGCUCGGACCUGCGUCUCGGCCCCGGACCGCCGUCGGGGGGCAGCGCCCGCUCCAGUGUGUCCAGCCUCGGCUCCCGCGGCUCUGCGGGCGCCUAUGCCGAUCUACUGUUGCCCAGCGCUUGCCCCGCGCCGGCGCGCUCCCCGGAGCCCACGGGACCAGCCCCCUUCCUUCUGCCUUCGGUGCCGCUGCCCGCGAGCCGGGAAGGCGGCCCGUGCGCGGCCGAGCGGCGGCUGGAGGCGCUUACCUGGGAGCUGGAGCGGGCGCUGGAAGCGCGCACGGCACGGGACUACUUUGGCAUUUGCAUCAAGUGUGGUCUUGGCAUCUAUGGAGCGCGGCAGGCGUGCCAGGCCAUGGGGAGCCUGUACCACACUGACUGCUUCACCUGUGACUCCUGUGGGAGACGGCUCCGUGGGAAGGCCUUCUACAACGUAGGGGACAAAGUGUACUGCCAGGAGGACUUCCUGUACUCCGGCUUCCAGCAGACAGCUGACAAGUGCAGCGUGUGUGGACACCUCAUCAUGGAGAUGAUCCUGCAGGCGCUUGGCAAGUCCUACCACCCGGGCUGCUUCCGGUGCUCUGUGUGCAACGAGUGCCUGGAUGGGGUGCCCUUCACCGUGGACGUGCAGAACAAUAUCUACUGUGUCAGAGACUAUCACACGGUUUUUGCGCCAAAAUGUGCCUCUUGUGCCCGUCCUAUCCUCCCUGCACAGGGCUGUGAGACGACCAUCCGUGUGGUGUCCAUGGACAGGGACUAUCACGUGGAGUGUUACCACUGUGAGGACUGCGGGCUGCAGCUGAGUGGGGAAGAUGGACGCCGCUGCUACCCCCUGGAGGGCCACCUGCUGUGCCGCCGCUGCCACCUGCGGCGCCUCCGGCCCGGCCCACUGCCCUCACCUGCCGUGCACGUCACUCAGCUCUGAGCGCCCGUGGCCGUGGAGGGUGGGCUGGACAGGGUGGGAGGGCCCAUGUCAAAGUUAGGGCAGGCCUGGCUGCCUCCACCCUGCACUGCCCACCCCCUGCUGCCCUGCCCCUAGCUGCUGUCCCAUCCGCAGGGGCCGGUCCCCCGCGCUGAAGCUAUGCCUAUUUAUUCACCAGUUGUGCCUCCUCAAGUUGCUUCCUCCGGGGCCCUGCUGUCUCCCCCACCCCAUCACUGACUCUCCUUUCUGAGACCCCCGCCCCUGCUGCACCCCUGGGACCCUGGAU